AUGUCGUCACCGCUUUCGACAUCUGAUCCUCUUAUCUCCCAUGGGUGGCACUUUGGCCGAACUGUAUUUGCGUUGUGCAAUUAUCCUUCUCUUCUUAUGAACAGUCUAUUGUUGUCUCGUUACAACGGUAUCCUCAGAUUGGAGCAAAUGGAAGAUACCCCGCUAGAGGACUUAUCUGCUGAUGAGCGAUGGGAACAUCAUGUUUUCGAGCAGCUUUUAGAUUCUUAUCCCGGACUUUUAGAGCGACUACAAAACAGAUCUGAGGAGGAAAUCCUUCACAUUGGAGAAUUGAUCGGUAAGGGAGCCGCAGGCGCCCGAGGUGACGACACGAAAACAUUAAAAUCUGCAAUUCUUGAUUGGAUUGCCCCCAAAGGAGCAGCAAUCCAGCCUCCUCUACAUAGAAACUCGAAAAUUGACCGCAGAUUCAAUCAUGAACUUACAGGAUCACUGCUUUGUCCCGCUGGGAUGAAUUGGAAUGACUCAGAUUUGUGGGGAUCAAUGGCCCAUCUUUUGUACGCCCAUUAUACUUAUGACGUUGAUGACCCAUGGUGUGGUCUUCUUAGGAGCCGUUUACUUGUAUGCGCUUAUAAGCACAUUUUCACGUCCCCAAGUUCAGUCAACAAAGAGCCAAAAGCCACUUCAGUCACUAUUGCAUCGAUGGCCUAUAUUGCAACACAGGUCCAAUUCACUCUAAGCUCUUCCUCAACAUUCUACCACAGCCUCCUUGAUCUCUUCGAGGACCCCAAUGAGUCUACGGAAGUCGAUGAGCUGCUGACAUGGUGGAAUUGCCAAGUUUUCCCUAAUUCCUCUGCCGCCAAGCGACCUAUCAGCGCUAACAGUGUCCUAUCGAAGAUUUGGCUUAAACGACUUGCAGCCAAACAAGCUACAGAUUCGAAUUCGUCAUAG